CACCCGUGGCAUAUGGAAGUUCCCAGGCUAGGAGUUGAAUAGGAGCUACAGCGCUGGCCUAUGCCACAGCCUCAGCAAUGCAGGAUCCAAGCUGCAUCUGUCUGUGACCUACACCACAGCUCAUGGCAACGACCGAUCCUCAACCCACUGAACAAAGGCAGGGAUUGAACCCACAUCCUCAUGGAUCCUAGUCAGGGUCCUUACCACUGAGCCACAACGGGAACUCUGACUUUUUUUUUUCUCUUUUUAACUCUGAUUGCACUUCUAGGUCUCCUUCUUAGUAAACUUCACUGUUUGGUGGAAGAUAAAACAAACUCAAGAAUUUCAAAAGAACAACUUUUGAAUCAGGACCAUGUCCCUUACUUUGGGGAACAGAAUCGUGUUCUGACAAAACUCCUUGUGCCCUACCCCCUUGGGGGAGAAGAGGAAGAAUUGGAGUGAUGGUGAUGGUGGAUAACUUAAAGUAUGGGAUGCUUCUGGGUAAUUAAUACAUUAGAAUAAAUUAACUUUUCAUCAAGCCCAGUCACCAAGUAUGACCUUGUGAGAAAGGAGCCCAAGACAGAGAAGUCUUUACAAGAGCAGAGUGUCAGAAGGAAAAUGGCUUGGUAAAAUUGCAUAGCAUGGGAUGCUAUCCACAAAACAGCAUCAAAGGUGGGAGGCUAGAGAAAAAAGUGUCCCUGGAAGACUGGGCCAAGAUGCCAGAGGAUAAAAAUCAACAGAUAUGAACUUUAUGUGCUCAAAGGACUUCUACCCUAUGUUUCCUAACUUCCUUUUCAGUAUCUAAAUCUUUCAUGAAUUUUUGCCUCCCCCCACCCACUCUCACAUAUGAUGCCCAUUAAACAUUUAGUAUCUGCUGCAUUUUCUGGUACAAAAAUGCUAAGAAUCCCAAAAUUCUUUAAAACAAAUAUGAAUUUUAUGAACUUACUACACCCAUGAAUAUUGGAAAAUGAUGACAUAUGUAUCUGAGACAAAUGGAUGCCAUUUUGUUUUACCAGGUAAAGAUAUGGCUGCAUAUUCUUUAGAGACGCCAACACGCAUGGUGAUGAAAUGCACGGUGCCCUGUUAGCAUGGAGUACAAGUAACACUCAUCUUAAGUAGUGACCUUUAUGUCCAGACUGAGGUUUAUGCUUCCCAGUGACACUGUGCCCCAGGUUGCCUCCUUCCCAGUCAUUCUGAAGCCACCUCCUGCUUAUGUGGGGAAAAGUGACCCUCAAGAGCUCCCUAUUGUCUAUAAAAUUUAGUCUAAACUUUGCAGUGUGGACUAAAACUUCCUCCUGCCUAUCCCAUAAUAUCUCGGCCACACCCACUCCCUCCCCUUUCUGCAAUUUAAGCACUGCAGAGCACUUACCACCCACUUCUUCAGAACCCUCCCCACCCCUUUCCACUGUCUGGCCGCUUUCCUGUGCUCCUUUAGCUUUGGGAUGGACACUAAGAUAACCGAUCUACAUUUCUGUGCCCCCACUGCCCUAUGCCUUCCUGUAAGGCUAAGCCAGGUCCCGCUCAUCUUCGUAUUUUACUAUCCAGUAGUGCUUAUAGCAUAGUAGGAGCUUGGUAAGUAUUCACUUAACAAAUGAACGGAUAAACAACUGACAGAUAAUAACUAGAAAAGUAGCCAGUAGCUGAGUGAGUCUAAUUGUAAGCCAACAAAUGCUACUUAGAAUUAAUUAUACAGUGGCAUUUUAUUGAUAAAACUGAGUCACUAGCCAAACCAUUACAUUAAAAAUCUUACACGGAAAACGAGUGCAGUUCUGCAUCUGAGUGAAAGAUCAGUCUGCAGCCCUGCCUGUGGCACCCAACUGGCCAAAGUCUGACCCUCCCAGGAUUUCCCCCAGAGUUAUGGGCGCCCCUGCUUUGGAAGGGUCUUAGUAACCCAGGAAGGGCCUAGGCUACUUGCAAGUGCAGCUCGGCCCCGAACCACCUCGGUCCACUUGAGGACCUCGGGUUCUCAAGUUUUUCUCUCUAAAUAUUCUAUGGGUCGUUUCCCUUUGCUUCUGUUUCUGGAUUGAUAAAGAGGAAAAAAAGGAGUUUGACUACAGAACGGAUAACAGUAGCGUACGGUAUAUCUGGCUUUACUUUUAAAAUUCCAUCAAAGUUUGUGUUUGGUGGUGGUUGUUUUUCUUCAUUUGACAGCGAUCCCGAGAACUUCUCCUUGGGGGAAAUGGCGCGUCCCAAGCCCGCCAAGCCGGGGCGGAGGGCUCUAGGAUUUAUUACAGAAAGAAUUUCAACAAAACCUCGACAGAUAAAAACUCAAAGGAAGCCGUGCGUUCCUUAAGUUAAAGGUAUCUGUUCUGAUCGAAGCUCUUGGCUUGCUGUUUGUAACCAGCGUUAAGAGCAGGAUUUUUAAAUACGAAAACGGAUAAAAGAAAAGCUAACUCCCGAGGUCCAUCGACUCUUUUUCUUUAUCUCCAGCAGCACAUGGGACCAUUCUCCUACUUUCUUCGCCCUUUCUUCCGUGAAAGCAAAAGCAACCAAGCCUGUCUCGCUUCACAGCAAACCCCACUCUUUGUGCCCGUACGGUGCCUCUGCCACCACUACUACUUCCUUCUCCUCCCGCCUCCUCCUCCUCCCGCCAGCCGCGGACUUUCGCUCUGGGAAUCUGGCGGCAGGCACCCUUUGCGCCGGGAAGGCAGAGCAGCGAUUGGGCGACGGUCCCUGAGCCUCCAGUUCCGCGUCGGUUUCAAGGCUCCUCCCUCCCGGUGAAAGACAGACUGCGGGGCGCCUGGAAACCGGUCCGAGGGCGCGCGAGGGAGAGGAGAGCAAGCGAGUUGAGGGAUUGACACAAAUGGUCAGGCGGCGGCGGCGGAGAAGGAGGCGGAGGCGCUGGGGGGAGCCGAGGCCGCUGGGCUGCCGAGAGUUGCGCGCUCUGCCCGGCCGCCGCCACUAGCGCGGCGCCGCCAGCCGGGAGCCAGCUAGCCGAGGGCCAGGAAGGCGGGACGCGACCCCUGCGCGCCCGAGCCACCAGGGCUCUCCCCACUGCCCGCGCUUCAUGAAUCGCAAGUUUCCGCGGCGGCGGCGGCUGCGGGACGUGGAGCGGGAGCCGGCGGAGCGGGCCGAGCGCAGCUCGGGCUCGACGGAGGGCACCGGAGGGGAGGAGAUCGCCCCGGCCGCAGAGGGAGCAGCCGCUCUCCGCGCCACCGCCAGCCCCAGCCGAGCGGCGCCAAGAAAGGAGCCGAGAAAGUAUGGCUGAGGAGGAGGCGCCUAAGAAGUACCCGGCCGCCCCCGGCGGCGCGAGCUGGGAACUUUGUUCCGCGGCGCUCCGUACGGGACCGGGGGCAGAAGGGAGCGGGUACGCGGGCAGCCUCCGCCGCCCCCCGGCUGACUCCGGACGCUUGGCGCUCCGGCUGCUCCUACUGCUUUGGCUGCUGGAGGCUCCGCUGCUGCUGGGGGUCCGAGCGCAGGCAGCCGGCCAGGGGCCCGGGCCGGGGCAGCAGCCCCCGCCGCCUCAGCAGCAACAGAGCGGGCAGCAGUACAACGGCGAGAGGGGCAUCUCUAUACCGGACCACGGCUACUGCCAGCCCAUCUCCAUCCCGCUGUGCACGGACAUCGCGUACAACCAAACCAUCAUGCCCAACCUGCUGGGCCACACGAAUCAGGAGGAUGCGGGCCUCGAGGUGCACCAGUUCUACCCGCUGGUGAAGGUGCAGUGCUCUGCAGAGCUUAAGUUCUUCCUGUGCUCCAUGUACGCGCCCGUGUGCACUGUGCUGGAGCAAGCUCUGCCGCCUUGCCGCUCCCUGUGCGAGCGCGCGCGCCAGGGCUGCGAAGCGCUUAUGAACAAGUUCGGUUUCCAGUGGCCUGACACGCUCAAGUGCGAGAAGUUCCCGGUGCACGGCGCCGGCGAGCUGUGCGUGGGCCAGAACACUUCGGACAAGGGCACCCCUACGCCCUCGCUACUGCCUGAGUUCUGGACCAGCAACCCCCAACACGGCGGCGGAGGGCACCGGGGUGGCGGCUUCCCGGGGGGCGCCGGCGCGUCGGAGCGAGGCAAGUUUUCGUGCCCUCGCGCCCUCAAGGUGCCCUCCUACCUCAACUACCACUUCCUGGGGGAGAAGGACUGCGGCGCACCCUGCGAGCCGACCAAGGUGUACGGGCUUAUGUACUUUGGGCCAGAAGAGCUGCGCUUCUCGCGCACCUGGAUCGGCAUCUGGUCAGUGCUGUGCUGCGCCUCCACCCUUUUCACCGUGCUCACGUACCUGGUGGACAUGCGGCGCUUCAGCUACCCAGAGCGGCCCAUCAUCUUCCUGUCGGGCUGCUACACUGCAGUAGCCGUGGCCUACAUCGCCGGCUUCCUGCUGGAGGACCGGGUGGUGUGUAACGACAAGUUCUCCGAGGACGGGGCGCGUACAGUGGCGCAGGGCACCAAGAAGGAGGGCUGCACCAUCCUCUUCAUGAUGCUCUACUUCUUCAGCAUGGCCAGCUCCAUCUGGUGGGUGAUCUUGUCGCUCACCUGGUUCCUGGCAGCCGGCAUGAAGUGGGGCCACGAAGCCAUCGAGGCUAACUCGCAGUACUUUCACCUGGCCGCCUGGGCUGUGCCGGCCAUCAAAACCAUCACCAUCCUGGCGCUGGGCCAGGUGGACGGCGAUGUGCUGAGCGGGGUGUGCUUCGUGGGGCUCAACAACGUGGACGCGCUGCGGGGCUUCGUGCUGGCGCCACUCUUCGUGUACCUGUUCAUCGGCACGUCUUUCCUACUGGCCGGCUUCGUGUCCCUCUUCCGUAUUCGCACCAUCAUGAAGCAUGAUGGCACCAAGACAGAGAAGCUGGAGAAGCUUAUGGUGCGCAUCGGUGUCUUCAGCGUACUUUACACGGUGCCAGCUACUAUUGUCAUCGCCUGCUACUUCUAUGAGCAGGCCUUCCGGGACCAGUGGGAACGCAGCUGGGUGGCCCAGAGCUGCAAGAGCUAUGCCAUCCCCUGCCCCCACCUCCAGGCGGGUGGAGGCGCCCCGCCGCACCCGCCCAUGAGCCCUGACUUUACAGUCUUCAUGAUCAAGUACCUUAUGACGCUGAUCGUGGGUAUCACGUCAGGCUUCUGGAUCUGGUCGGGCAAGACCCUCAACUCCUGGAGGAAGUUCUACACUAGGCUUACCAACAGCAAACAGGGGGAGACCACCGUCUGAGACGGGGAGGGAGUGGAGGGUGUGGGCUCAGCCCUUUCCCAGCCCUAGGCCUGGUCCCAGACACCCGUGAAAGCUGCCCGGGUGGAGUCUUGGCCAAGUCUGGCUGCUCCAGGCUUCCUUGAGCUUUCGCAGGCUCCUUUUAACAAGGCUCCUGAAACGGCUUCUUUCUUGGGGGCAAAUGGACUGGAGGUUCCCAACUGCCAGCCAGGGGACUGGACAGACCUCUCUUGCUCUCACAGCCGGUACCAGGACUGUACGCUUUUAUGAUUGUAAAUAGCCUGUGUAAGAUUUUUGUAAGUAUAUUUGUAUUUAAAUGACGACUGUUCACGUGUUUUUCUUUUACUUUCCUGUUUUUUUUAAGUUUAAAUUUUAAUUAUUUAGGGCGGUUUAACCAUUUGAGGCUUUUUCGUCUUGCCCUCUUUAGAGUACUGCAGAGAGAAAACCGGGGCGCGAGGCCUGGUGCUUCAGCUGCUGCCCCGAGCUCCUCCCUGCUGGGUGGGGGGCGUCUGGGGCUGCGUUGCCAGGCCACUUCCUUGCUCCUCUUUCCGCUCCCUCCUUUCCCCUUUCUAGGUACUAAACUCCACAAAGCUUCGAAACUGGAGGGUAGGCUCCCACCCACCCCAAGUAUGCCCUUGUCCAGGCCAGAUUGCAAAGGCCUGUCCCUUUGACUAUUCAAAGCUGAAAUUUUCACUGUCCAGAACCUAGCUUCAAGGAGGCCCACGGAUGUGGGCGCUGGCAGUGGCAGCCUCCCUGGCUCUGGCCUCCAACACCCAGACACUCCCUUCUUCCAUCUAAGUUGGUUAGAGGGUGAGUGGGUAACUAGUGCCAAAUUUUUUUAAAUCUGCUUUUUGGUGGAUGAGCUCAUUUCAUUCUCUAGCGUCUAAAACCCGGUAUGGGUUUGGCCAGCGUCAUGGAAAGAUGUGGUUACUGAGAUUUGGGAAGAGGCAUGAAGCUUUGUGUGGGUUGGGAGAGACUGAAGAUGGGGGUUAUAAAAUGUUAAUUCUAAUUGCAUACGGAUGCCUGGCAACCUGCCUCUAGGAUUGAGAUAGGCUGCCUUUUGAUUUUACCCGUCUGUAAAAUGGAAACGUCAGGUCACCUGGAAAGCUUUGUUAAGGAGUUGAUCUUUGCUUUCCUUAACAGGACAGCAGAAUGGUAAACUGAAUAUGAAAACUUGAAGGAGAUUUCAGUGUAAUGGACUUCCUCAAUAUGAAGUGCUACUUUCUUAUUUUAAAUGAAAUAAUAAUUAGACAUAUAUCAGAAACUUUAAAUUGUAAAAGUUGUACACUUUCAACAUAUUACUAUGAUUAUGAUUCAACAACACAUUCUGAUGAGAAACAAUCCUCAUCCCUAAUAAUAACUUGGUAAGAUUCCAGGAGAUAAAGGAGGUGGAAUAAUUGAUGGGAUUAGCUCCUGAAAUAAACAAAAUAUGGGCAUGCAUGCUAAAGGGAGAAUGUGUGAAGGUCUACUGCACUAAAUCCUGUGUGCUCCUUUUUGGAUUUACAGAAAUGUGUCAAAUGCAAAUCUUUCAAAGCCAUUUUAAAAUAUUCACUUUAGUUCUCUGUGAAAAAGAGGAGAAAAGCAAUCCUCCUGAUUGUAUUGUUUUAAACUUUAAGAGUUUAUCCAAAUGCCGGUACUUAGGACCUAAAUUUAUCUGUCUGUCAUACUCUAAAAUGACAGUGGUCUUUGAAUUUGGUAUGCAUUUAUUCUGUUCACUAUCACAUAAAUCAUCUAUAUUUAUAGAGGAAUAGAAGUUUAUAUAUAUAAAAUACCAUAUUUUUAAUUUCGUGAAUAAAAAAAAUCAAAGUUUUGUACAAAAUUAUAUGGUUUUUGUGCCUGAAAAUAAUAGAGCUGGAACUGUGCACUAUGAACUACCUUUGCAUUUUAUAGUGUCUGUAGCCAUUCCUACAGUGUAUAAAUUCAAGAAUUCGAUGAAAAAUCUCUCUUUAAACCUUCAGACCAGUCCUUCCAAAGAAUUAACCAACUUGGCAUUGUUGUAAUUGAUGUUGUGAAGUUCCCCAGAAAAGAUCUGCUUCCAUGACAGUAACAAUAUAAAAUAGAAGUUUGCAAAUUACAUCUUUACUCAAAGAAGAUUAUUAAAAAGAGAACUCUAAUUUUACUAAGCUUUUUUUUUCUUUUAAGGGGUAAAUUUACAUGACUUUUAUAAUAUGGAGGUUUAUUUUUAAAUCAUCAGCCAUCAUCUUUGUCACAAUUUUUAUAAGGUAUUAUCUUAUACUUGCCCUAAUCUUGGCUAUUCCAAAACCAGAAGUAGGCAAUCAAUAAAAGGUUAUUUAUAAGCAUUUUAAGCAGCAGUUGAGUGUAUAAGGCUGUUUUGUUGUUUGCUUUUGAAGACCCAUUUUUAUAUUAUUCAAGGAAGUUUCCCCAGGGGAAUUAUCUAGUUGGUCUACUCUUAGUCAGAAUUUAUAUAAAUGUGUAUAUAUAUAUAUACAUAUAUAUAAUAUACAUAAGUAUAUACACUAAUUUUUAUACAGUAGAGAAAAAAGUUUAUGUAUAUAUUUUACCGUAUAGAAAUAAGGUUAUAAAAGGAAAAUGGAAAACCUCAUUUUAGAUGGAAAUCCUUUGGAAAACUAGUCUCUUAUUCCUUUAUAGACUGAAAAUAUGUUUAUUAAAUUUUCCCAUGAAAACCUUUUGUGAUAAAAUGACAAGGGGCUGAAAAGAAGACCUUUAACACAAUAGAGUUACUUUCAUGGUUAUAAGGCAAUUGUCUUAUAAGUCAUCAUCAUUAAUUAUUUUAAGGCAAAUGAAAAAAUUUAAUUGAAAAUACAGCAUUCAAUUUUAAUUAGUAAGGUGCAAUUUUAUGUUUUUUCUUUGUUCCAUUAAUCUUAUAUAGUAGAUAUCUAUGGUUUUAUUAUAUAAACACAUAAAAAAUAGCAAUUCUUAGGCCAAAUUAACACUUCUUCUCACUGAUAAUUCAACAGAUAAUUUCCAGAAAAAUAAAUUUUAGAUUAUUAGUCUCUAGCCAAAGAAUACAUAUAAAGCAUUCUUAUUGUCGGUGUCCUUACAGUGAUAUAACUAUAAAUUUGAUGCAAAAAGCUUAUAUAAUGCUGGAUUAAGUAGUUUUAAAAGAUUUUUUAAGUCACCACCAGGCUUCGUUUUUAAAAAACAACUUAUUUUAAAUUGUGUAGCAUAUAGUAAGCUAGUGUAUUCUUUUUGUUUCAUUCAUUAUUGGUAGCAAAAUAAGACUUGCCUGAAAAAACAUAAAGCUAUUGGGAAUAUGGUCCCAUUAAUAUGCUGUUUCCAUGACAAACCCUAUUUUCAGAUUAUUUGGUUUGCCUAUUUUAUUUUUUUAAACCAGCCAUCAAUUGGAGUCAAUUUCCCCGCUCAUGGUGUGCUUGAUUCAGCUUUUGUAGUAAAUGUAUACACAGUAUGAAUGCUUUCUGAUGCUCUUUUUUAAAAGGGCCAUUUUUUACUUAAACUUUGUGGGGGGCAGAAAGUCAUAUUUUUAAUUUCAAAGCCAGCCAGUGUCAAACAUAUGCAAAACAGCUGGACCGGAUUUUUCAGUUUGUCUGGGGCAGUCACUUGUUAGCCAGAGUUUACAGUCCUGGUUCUUUUGUCUCCACGGAGCACUGAAGCCUUCCUUCCGCUGUAGUUACAGCAUCAUUCCCAAAGUCCAACACUGGACCAGGAAAGGAGACCACAGUGAAGAGUUGGUGGCCAAUUAAAAAAAUUUUUUUUGGCUAAACUACAAACCAUUUCAGGACUUGGGUGGCUUCAGAUCAUUUUCCCUGAUACCAUGUUUCCAUCUUGGUGUGUAUUUGUUUUUUUUUUUUAAAGAUGACGUCCUUUCAGUAUGUGUGUUUGCCUUCAGCUUCAGCUACCUUACUUUUAUUGCUUUCUAAUACAUCUCUUGGCUAUAAGCCAGAUUUUUAUGUAAUGUACAUGAAAUUAAUUGAAACCAGUAUUAUGACCCUGGAUAUCCUUGAUACAUUUCUGAUUAUAAUGUACUCUGCAACUGGGGCCUGAGAGAUAAGCAAAAUCUGAUCAUUACAUAUGUCUUGAGGUGGACACUAGUAAUAUUGUCAUUAAGUUCUUCACGGAAUAUACUAAUAGCAAAUUCUUCCAGGAUUAACCUGUAGGAGCCAAAAUAAGACAUGGACUACAUCUAAGAGUUCUCCAGUUACAUUGCUAAAAAGGAAUUGCAACACAACCUUAAAUUCAAGGCUUUCAUUUUAAGACCCUUACAUUUGAAAUGGGGUGUUACAAGGGAAGUGUCAAACAAGGUAAAGUUUAUUUUGGUGAUUCCUAAGAUUUAUAUCUAUAUUUCAAACUGUUAGCAGAACCAAGAGCCCCUAGAAUUUGAGAAAUGGUACCUGACCUUCAUGACUCAGAAUUCCCUUAAACUUUUAGAGAUUAAAUAUUUUUAUUC